AUGCCGCCCACGAUCAGCCAUGUGGCGGCUUACUCUCCCAAUGAAUACAUCCAGACCGCUCUGACGGGCAACAAGGUGUCGAGAAAGGCAACCAUUCUGGGAUCGCAAAACAUCAUCCUGGGAGGCAAAUGCAUCAUCCAGCACGGAGCCAUCAUUCGAGGCGACUUGCGUCGAAUUGUCGCCUCCUCGACCUCAAGCUCCACCGGCUCUGGGCAGCAGACGCAGUCGGUAGCGAUCUUCAUCGGGCGGUAUUGCCUGUUGGCUGAAUCGAGCGUCAUCCGACCUCCAUACAAGACGUAUAAAGGUGUCUUUUCGUAUUAUCCGAUGAAGGUGGGCGAUCAUGUGUCGGUGGGGGCCAACACGGUGCUCGAGGCGGCUUCGGUGGGCUCGCACGUCGAGAUCGGCGCCAAUUGUAUCGUCGGACGCUUUGUGAUCAUCAAGGACUGCGCGAGGAUUCUGGACGGCAGUGUGGUGGCGCCGAAUACGGUGGUGCCGUCGUUUUCCAUCUUUGCAGGCAGUCCGGCAACGCAGAUCGGCGAGCUCCCCGAGACGUUCUCCGAGAGCUGCGAGGCCAAGAUGAAGGACUUCUACCAGCGCUUCCGGCCUACUAGCGAGAGGUGA